UUCCUGGGAAGGGGCGUAGAUGUGAUGAUGCUGGAAGUGGCUGCUCACCAGGAAGUCAUUCCUCGCAUGUCAUAGUGCUGUGUGACAGACUAUACCAGGGACAGAGGGCGGCAGCAUGGCUGAGGGGGGCGCUGUGCCAGCAGUGGAGUGGAGUCGGCUUGAAGCUGCUAUAAUCAAUGGGUUCAGACAACUGAGAGAUCGAUACCUGCACAGUGUGAAGGGUCGGGGGGCGCUGGAUGAUGGGAGUGAUGGUCUGGAGCAGGGCGAUAGUCACAGUCGUUUGGACACGUUACCAAUAGAUAUGCAGUUAUAUAUCCUAACAUUUCUCUCACCGCAAGACUUGUGCAAGCUUGGCAUGACGAAUCAAUACUGGCACUCAAUGGUGCAGGACCGUCUACUGUGGAAGUACUUUUUGCUGCGGGAUCACCCAACCUGGUCAUCCAUUGAUUGUCACAGCUUGCCGGACUUGGAAGUCCUCAAUUCCUGCUUAAGUGAAUCAUCGGAUGGGAAGGAGUGUAAUUAUAUGUCCGUCUAUUUAAGGAGCUGCCCGAAAACCAGAAGGUCCAUGCGGUCCAGAAAUCCCAUCUAUGGAGCAGUGACCUCCUUUCUGCAGUCUCUUGUCAUGCAUGGAGAGCCGCGCUUUGCUAUGUUUGGUCCUGGUCUUGAGCAACUAGAUGAUUCUUUGGUUACACGAAUGAUGACCUCUCCAGAUCUGCUACCCAUUGUCAGCAUAGUGCAGAGGCAAAUCAAUGGUGUUGGCUCUGGUGUCACCUUUCAGCUGAGCGGUGAACACAAAUUUAAUAUUUUAACCCUGUAUUCUACAACACGUUCAGAAAGGGAUAGAGCUCGGGUAGAGCAGAGUGCGGCUGUCAACAAGAUGUUUAUCACCGAAGGUUUGGGGCAUGGAGAGCAAAGAGCUGCGUACAGUCUGAUCCCUCAAGUAAAGGAGGUUUGCAAAAUUGUGGAUGGUUUCAUCUAUGUGGCCAAUGCAGAGACACAAAUAACACACAAUCGUGAGGAAGAGGUAACUCAGAUCCAGGCGAUGGUGGAUCCUCUCCUUGGAGCCCAGAGGAGACCUUUGUUGUUAUUAGCUUGUGUGACUAGCCCUGAACACAAGAGGAUCCCUUGUGUUUACUUGGCUCAUGAGCUGUGUCUGAACAAGCUAAAUCGACCAUGGAUGGUACAAAACACAGAAGCGUCUACACUGCAUGGUUUACUAGAUGGCAUUGCUUGGAUUCUUGCUGAAGUUGGGAAAAAACUUUGAACAUUGUCAAAUUUCCAGUUACGAUUUUAUUUUCAAUAUACUGUACAUACGUAUUUUCAGGUAGAGUUUCAAGACAACCUGGGGUUGCCCUAGAUCCACACUGCACUCAUUACAUUGCCACAAUGCUACCUCAAAGUUUCCAUGUGGGAAGAAAGGUUGCGGGCGACCUUGCACCCAUCACAUAAACUCUGAAGGCAUACAAGGGCAUACCUGUUUGCUGCUUCUUUUUUUAAACAGGCCUGUGAAAAAUGAAAGAAGCCAUCUGAUUGGUUGCUAUGGCUAACUACACCACUUUUCCUCUACACAGGUUUUGAUAAAUUUCCCCCACAGUGUGGUAAUGCCAUGAUUUUAUAAAGACUCAUGGGUCACCAAAAGUCACCAUGAACUCUAGCUUUAUUUUAUUUCUUUCUAAUUUUCAUACUUACAUUUUUUUUAAAACAUAUUUUAUUACAUUUUCUUAGUAAAAAAACAAAGAAAUAAACGAACAUAACAAUCUCUUUAAUCAGACGAAAAACAGAAAAAUGAAGGCAAGGCAUACAAGGCCAAUCAUCUGCCCAUACAAAGGCCUAUGGGGCAUGUCAGUAAAAGCUCACUUGAUAACUAACACAAAAAUCAAGAGUUACAUAAAUAUAAAAGAACACUUUUGGUAAAGGUGAGAGUGAAAAAGGUGCAAGUUACCAGCGUUCAUUGCGUGGGAAGACGUAAGGCCCCGAAUGUAUCUCCCAUAGCACCCGACAGUACCACUCUGUGUGGCCAAAGGGCCUCACCAUAUCCUCUAUUUCUGAUUCUUUAUAUGCUGAAAUAAUAAAGACCUCC